CAGAAAAUUCCACCAUGAUUUAUUUUGGAGGGAAUUUGUUUUUGUGCAAUGUUUUUGAAUAAAUUGAACGGAAAAUUAAUUAUUUAAUAGCGACAAUUGAAUUGUAUCGUUUAGUGAUUGCCCUACUUUACCAGUUCCCCUUGGGGUAAGUUUUCUUUAAUGUUGAGGUUAAAACAACUUUCAAGACAACAAGUUUUCGUGCGGCCUGAAAUCGCAAAUAUUGAAUGAAACCCCUGCUUGGAAUUUACAACAAGUUUCAGGAUCAAAUCAUUUAUUUAAAAAGCUAAAAAUGGGCAUUACUGGGCUGUUGCCGUAUUUAGCAAAUGCCACAAAGCCUUGCCAUGUAUCAGAAUUCAGAGGUGGCACAGUGGCUGUAGAUUCGUAUUGUUUAUUGCAUAAAGGCGCUAAUGCAUGUGCAGAACAGCUUGCUAGAGGAGAAGACAGUCAGAUGUAUGUCACAUACUGUCUAAAGUACGUAAAAAUGUUCCUGUCGUACAAUAUUCAUCCUAUAAUGGUAUUUGAUGGGAGGAACCUCCCAGCUAAGGCAGAAACGGAGGCUAAGAGACGAGAGUCUCGAAGAAAAGCUAAACAGAGGGCAGCUGAAUUGCUAAACUUAGGCAAAACUGAGGAAGCCCGAACCUACCUCAAACAAUGCAUUGAUAUUACUCCACGAAUGGCCCAUAAUCUCAUUAUAGAAUGCCGCAAAAUGAACGUCGAUUGCAUAGUAGCACCUUAUGAGUCUGAUGCUCAACUAGCGUUCUUUAAUAUAAAAGGCGUUGCAGAAUGUGUAAUCACUGAAGACUCCGAUCUGUUAUUAUUCGGAUGUAAAAAAGUGUUGUACAAAUUGGAUUUGAGUGGCGCUGGCCGCCUUGUGGAAUCCGAAAAGAUUUGCUCUGCAAUGAAAAUGAGACCGGAUCAAUUCACGUUUGAUAAAUUCAGGUACAUGUGUAUUUUAUCUGGCUGUGAUUAUGCGAACAGUCUCAGUGGAAUAGGCCUGAAGAAAGCGGAAAAAUUCCUUAAAUUAACUGCUGAAACUGACCCGGAAGUUUUUCUUGAUAGAAUACCUAGGUAUCUAAACAUGAAGCACUUGGUGAUCACUGAAGAAUACAAACGAAGUGUCUUAAUUGCUAAUGCCACAUUCCUGCACCAAGUGGUCUUUGACCCAUAUAAAAAGAAGUUGGUGCAUUUAACAGAUCCAGAAGUAAAAGGGACUAAUCUAAGUCAUCUUGUGAACGCAGGCGACAAGUUUGAUGACGAAAAGGCGUUUGAAGUGGCACUUGGAAAUCUUGAUCCCUACAGUUUCGAGAAAUAUGAUGACUGGACUCCAUCAGAGUUACCGGAAUACAGUAUUUGGUCGGGUAUUUACAAAAAACGAAUUUCACGAAAGCAGGAGAAACAAUUGCAAAAGCAAAAAUUCGAACAAUUCAUGACAAAGCAGACGGUCAAAGAAGAAUCGCUUAUAAUCGAAGAGCUCGAUAACGAAGAUUCUCAAAUCACCAAAGAAUUAUCGAUAUACACAUCCAGGCUCGAGGUGUCUACAGAAAAAAAACCCGAUGAUGACUGCAUAGAAGUAACAAAUAAAAAUGAAUUAUCCCCGAUUCUGACAAAAAACCCGUUUCUAAAAAAUAAAAAAAUUAGUAAAUUUCCGAAAACAUACACUUACGGUGACACUAUAGUUAAAAGCAGAUUCUUCUGUCCAGAAUCCCAGAAAGAAAACAAAGACUCAAUACAGUGUGUAAAAGAAGUCGAAGUUGGAAUAGAGCAAUCAACAAGCAAGCAGCAAACUAGCAUAAACUCCGCAAUUCCAAUACAUUCCAAUCCAGAAUUGCAACCAAGUGGUAGCUCUUCCGAACAACUAAUCUCACGAAAAAGGGGUUCAGACCAGCUAAUUCAAAUUGAAAGCAAAGACGCUUCAACGGACGGUCCUCGAGUUGCGCGUGACGAAGAAGUCAUAAUUGUAGACUCGCAGGAGAAUGUGAAAGUUCCGGAAACAAAAAAAAGAAAGUUUGGUCCUGCUCGAAGAGUCGGACUUACAAAAGUUCCUACUUCCCAAAAGACAUUGCACAGCUUUUUCGGUAAAAUGAACAAGAGGGAGUAAAUGCCACUCUGUGAUAAUUGUAAUCUGCCUCAUUUUUUUCAUGUACGAUUUGAUAUUGCGUUACCGCAUUUAUUUGUGAUGUUAGUUUUAAUCUGUUUUCAAUAUGGUCGUGUGUUAAUAGAUAUUUUAUAUAUUU